AAGAAUGAGAAAGAGAGAGUGAAAGAGGAAGAGAGUGGGACAGAGUGGAAAGGGAAAUUUCAUAAUUGCAUUUUACUCAACAAUCGAUCCAUUUUCCACCUCACCCACCGUCUAAUUCUCUCUCAUUUUCUAGCUCGCCUUCCAUUUAUUCUCUUUCUCUCUUUUUCUCUCUCUCUUUGUUUUUUCUCUCACUCUCACUCUUUCAUAGACAAUAUAAUAGGUUGGAAGCGUUAAAGACAGCGCAGUUGGCAAAAACAAGCGGCGGUUGAUGCUUUUUUCAUCAUCGAUCUCCUUGGUAGGAUUUCUUUCUAGUUUUUAGAGUUGUUUAGUAUUUUAGAGAAAAAAGGAGAUUUUUGGCAUCGCUUAUAGAAGAGGCAACACUGACAAUAACAACAACACUUUAAACACAAUCCACAACAACAGUUAUAACUAACAAACUGUAACAAUGAAUAAUAAUUCAUCAGUAAAGACCAUGUACCGAAAAUCGUCUUCGAAUAUUCCGGAAAGGAAUUCAGUGAUCUUUCGUAAAUCUCGUAUGUACAAUACAAUGAAUGCUCAGUCCCCGUUGAGUUUAGGGACAGGAGUGGCGAGUUCGAUUUCUCACAAGGGUGUCACUGACAUUAGAUGCAAUAGAGAAAAGGAGAAAAAGGAGUUGCAGGAUUUGAACGAAAGGUUUGCCAACUACAUCGAAAAGGUACGUUUUCUCGAGGCUGAGAACAAAACCCUUCGGGAAGCUUUGAAAAAGAGCAAACGGGAUUUUAACAUCGAACCCAUUAAAGCGAUGUACCAAGCUGAGAUUGACGAGACCAAGAAACUUCUGGAUGACUCCAACAAUGAAAAUGGCAACCUUAAGGCCCGUAUUGGGACUUUGGAAGACGAGCUGGAAGACUUACGAGCUCAACUGCGUCAUGUUAAUGAUAUGAACGACCAACUCCAAAAUAAUGUCGACACCCUGAACGAUGACAUCUCCCGACGUAUUGCUGACUGUGAAAUGCUAAGAAGGAAGGUUCAAGAACUUGAGAAACAACUUGCAGACUGGAAAACCAGGCAUGGUCACCUUGAUAACCAACUACAAGGACUAAGAAUUGAUUUGCAAGAGGAAACCGCCCAACGCCUGGGCGAGACAAACCGUGCUCAAGCUCUUGAAGAAGAGUUAGCUUUCCUGAGAGAAGUCUGUGAAAAUGAAAUCAAAGAAUACAAGGCCUUAUUGGCAAAGGAUAAUUCCGUCCCUGACAUGCGUGAAUACUGGACAUCUGAACUGGGAUCUUGUCUUAAAGAAAUCCGUCAAGAAUACGAAAGCCAAUUGGAAGCUUUGUCUUCUAGCCUGGAAGCUAGAUACGAGUCCCAGCUGUGUGAAAUGCGUCUUGGUGCCACGAAAGGAAAUGCUGAAACCAUACAAAUGACUGAAGAAAACAGACGACUUCGAGCACAGAAGUCUGAUCUUGAGAAUAAAUUGCGCGAAUGUGAUACUCAGAUUUCUCAGCUAUCGAACCAGCUCAGAGCAGUGACCGCUGAACUGGAAAUGAUGACCAGUGACUACGACAACGAGAAACUUUCUCACAAGGCCGACGUUGACAGGCUCAACGCUGAGUUAGAAGGUGUGAUCAAAGAACUCCAGGAACUCAUGGAUGCCAAACUGUCUCUGGAACUUGAGAUUGCUGCUUAUCGCAAACUGUUGGAAGGAGAAGAAAGCAGGAUAAGUCUUGGAAGCUUGGUCCAGACACUGGGAGGUUUCCGUACAGAGUCAGAAGAUAUUCUUGCCUCUGCUUUCCAAAGAUCUGGUUCCAGUUAUCAGGCUAUAUCAAGUGCAGAUGAUUCCAGUAUAUGUCCCGCAUCACAAGGCCGUAUCACCAUACACCGUACGUCAGCAGGAAGUGUGUCCAUAAUGGAGGUAGACGCCACUGGCCAAUAUAUUGAACUGGAAGAAAUCAGCAGUGCUAAAUUAGGAAGAAUACAGGAGCCAAUCAAUCUCAAGGGAUGGUCACUCGAACGUACCUUUGAGGACACGAAAAAAGCACUCGUCCACCAAUUUAAAGAAGACUUCCUCUUCUCGCCAAAUAAACAGAUUAAGGUAAGAUAUGUUGAUAAUGUGUGUGUGCGUGCGUGCGUGUAUAUAUAUGUGUGUAUAUAUACAUACAUAUUUGUGUGUGUGUGUGUGUGCUUACCAUCUUUUACUGGAUCUGUUAUUGAACUGUCUCCGACCUGGGGAAUCUACUACCGUCAAAGGUUUUCAGCUGAUCAUAUUUUCAAUCUGGUGCCUAUUUUAUUGCUCUCUAUCGAAGAGCUGACUGUUUACGCACAGAGCGACGCGAUUCCGAUUUUCGACAAUAAAUAUAUACAUACACAAGCGCAGACAUAUACACAUAAGUGUGUGUGUAUGUGUGGUGCAAAAGUUAUAAAUGACACGAAGUAGAGGGAAAAGAAACAA